AUGCCUAGGGCUAUCCGAGGCGUCCUGAUCGAGUGUGACCCCGCCGUCAAAUCCAUUAUUGUCAAUAUCGACAGUGAGAAUCAUGACUAUAUAAUCGAGGAUCUCGACGAGCAGAGGUGCGUCAUCAAAGAGACCAUGGUCGCUCAACUGAAGCAGAAGCUCGAUGAGAAACUUCGGCAUACGCAGGACCAGCAGGAUGGGUCCGGGUCCGAUUAA